GCAGUGUUUUUCACAACACUAUUCACUGUCUCACUCUGUUCUCCCACUCCAAAACGUUCAAGCACAAAAACAUCCACAAACACGACGCCAUUGAGAUACAUUACUCUAGAAGAGCAUUAUGACUCGUAUGCUCUGAGAGCAAUCCAGAACAACACCCCCCUCUACGAUGUACUGAUAGAUGCAUACGGAGGAAGCUCAUCAGAAGCAGUGCAGUUGUUAAACCAGCAAGUUCAAGACAUAAAUGGCAGUCGACUCGAUAGCAUGAAUGCAAACAGAAUUCGUGUCCAGGUAUUGCCCUCUCCCAAAUCUGCUUCGUUUAAAGACACAAAUUAAAAGUAAUCAAACCUAGGUGAUCUCCAAUGAUCCUCAGCCAGAUGCCUUGGGCAACCCCGACGCAGUCAGUGCAGCGAACAAGGAGCUCGCCACUCUCAUCAAACCCUACCCAAAUCGGUUCCGAGGGUUCUGCUUCCUUCCUAUGGCCAUCCCUCUCGCUGCUGCGGCCGAACUCGAACGAUGCAUUUCCGAACUUGGUUUUGUCGGCGCCCUGGUUGAUAGUCACUUACUCAACAACACAGCUUACGAUUCUCCAGCUUAUGAUCCCCUCUGGUCCACCUUCGCCAAACUCAACGUUCCCUUAUAUCUACACCCCACAUACCCUACGCCGGCAGAAAUAGAAAAUACGGGCGGUCUCUUCACCCCCGACAACAACGUGUAUUCCCUCCCCGUUGCCAGCAUCCUCGGCACUGCGGCCUGGGGAUGGCACAGCGAUGUCGGCGUGCAGUUCUUGCGGCUAUGGCUAGGUGGUGUUUUUGAUCGGCAUCCAGAUCUGAAGGUUGUGUUUGGACAUAUGGGUGAAAUACUACCGUACAUGCUUGCAAGAUCUACCGCUGAACUUGGUGGAUAUAAACCCACUGGGGCAACGAUUCCCGAAACUUGGACAAGGAAUGUGUGGGUUACUACGAGCGGGUUCUUUAGUCUGGACCCAUUUGCUACUUUGCUGCGGACGACGAGUGUGGAAAGAAUCAUGGUAUGUCUGAUUCUAUUUUAUUGGAGAGUAGGAGGUAGGCGAAGAGGGAAGUUACUCGGAAUGCUUUCAGUAAGCUGGGAUUUAAAGUAAUCGAGAACGGAUUCUUCGUGAGAUCGUCGAGAUUAAACCCACUUAUGUUUCGUAUGCUUUAUUUUUCAUAACAGAGUACUUCAUACUGGGCAGGGAAGCAAAGUGAGGUGACAAGAGGGCUGGCUUAUCUCGUCUGCGGAAGCAAUACCACCGUGACUCAGAAGACCGUGAAUCCAU